AUGCCUCAAAAGCUGACCGUCGCGGUGGCGCAGACCCGGACUCUUUCAUCCCUCGGAGCUACACUUGCCGCUCUAAAAAGCAUUACCGAGCAUGCCGCAUCUCGAGGAGUGAAGCUCUUGCUCUUCCCCGAGGCUUAUCUGGGAGGAUAUCCUCGAACUUGCGAUUUUGGCACCGCAUUUGGUGCGCGGGCUCCUCACGGCCGGGAGCAAUUUCUCCAAUAUUUCAAGGCCGCCGUGGACCUCGGCGAUACCCCCGCCGGAGCAGGCGAUGACUGGGUCGAGCGCAAGCUCCCUGUAGCCAAGGGAUCUGACCGCCGUGGAGAUGGGACACGAGAGUUCCUCGAACAGGUCUCUAGAGAGACCGGUGUCUUCAUUGCAACUGGAUUGAUCGAAAAGUCCGGUGGUACUUUGUACUGCUCUGCUGUGUUUGUGGAUCCGACCUCUGGAGUCAUCGGGAAAAGGCGAAAGGUUAUGCCUACCGGCUCCGAACGUCUUGUCUGGGGUCAAGGCUCAGCCUCCAGCCUGAAGGCCGUUACUACCGAGCUUAACGGUGUCAAGCUGACUCUCGGCCUCGCAAUUUGCUGGGAAAACUUCAUGCCUUUGCUUCGUCAGAGCCUCUAUUCGCAGAAUGUGAAUAUUUAUCUUGCGCCGACAGCUGACAGCCGUGACACAUGGUUGCCGCUCAUGCGAACCAUUGGAGGCGAGGGCCGUACGUUUGUCCUUUCCGCCAACCAGUGUGUGCGAUACAAUGAGCUUCCUUCUUGGAUAACCGACCAUGCGAAGCCCGAAGAUAAAGCCGACGGAGAGAGAUAUAUUUGUCGCGGCGGAUCUUGCAUCGUCGGACCACUCGGUGAAGUUAUUGCCGACCCGACUUGGGAGACUUGCGUUGAUGACAAGCUCCAAUCGGCGGACUCAAGCAAUGUUUCCAGCAAGGAUGGCCUACUGAUCCAUGAAAUCGACCUUGAAGAUUGCGAGCGUGGCAGACUCGACAUGGAUGUUGCCGGUAGCUAUUCUAGAAAUGAUGCGUUUAAGCUGACUGUGGAAGGACUGGAUCUGAACCCGCCACCAUUUUGA